UUAAAGCGAGAGCACAGCUUGCAUAUACGUGAUGCAUAAAAAAUUGAACUAAUCUCGAUGACUCUACUGAGGUGAUUACAUGUAUUAUUGCGUUAUUUUUUGAAAGUGUGACUGGCUUCAAACGCGCAAUUGAAUAUAUGUUACUCUUUUAGACUUUCGUAUUCUGCAUACUGUUUUUUGUUACUCACCGCAUAAGCGGCAUUUUCGAUUCUGGUCGUAUCAACUUUGUGUUAGAGUCGGGACUUUUUCACGCGAAGAACUAUAUGAUUACAGAAUAGAAGCGUGCCGACUAUCUUUCUCGAAGAUUCUCGAAGAUCUCAGCACUGUGAGUAUCGGAACGCAUCCAAUAUAAAGUUAAGCGUAUUGCCAAAUAAUGAGGCAAUUCAAUGAUACUCUUUCUCACAUGAUGUUCGAUGUGAAAGAUUGCAAUGGUCUGGUACUCUGUAAUAAAUUCCUGCCCGUCGAAGUACUGACAAAGAUCUUCUCCUAUGUUGACUAUAAGACUAUGCUAAACUGUCUAUUGGUGUGCAAACACUGGCAGAUGCUGAUAUAUUAUGUCUGGUACACAAAGAUUAAUCAGAUUAUGGAUAAACCGUUUCCAUUGGACGAUAACAUGCCCUGGUCUGUAUUAUAUUUGACAUGCAAAAAGAAACCAUAUGGGAGAAAUUUAUUGAAGAACCAUUCUGGUGCAGAAGGCAUAGGUCACUGGACAGGUCUAAAUUGGUUUAUUAAAACUAAUAAUUAUCCUUGCAAGGUCAAGCGGUCCUUUUGCUUGACAGAGUCAGAAAAUGUACAGUAUAAUCCCAGAACGCAAAAUAUAGAUUUAAAGGAAGAGGGAAUACAUCCCUAUAUUAUAGACAUAUAUCGACCAACAAUACAGGUAAGCGAAUGGAUCAACUGUCGGGCAGACAGUUCAUCAGUGAGUUAUAAGUUGACAGUUGAAUUAAUUGACAUUCACAAUAAACAAGUAGAGAAAUUUUACACUAGUUAUGAUAUAAAGAAAGAGGAACAGAAUAAAUGGCUGCAAUUUUCACAUACAUUUGAAGGCUAUGGAGUUGGUGUUAGAAAGAUAUCCUUUAAGUACGUAACGAAGUCUGUGUCCUUCAAAAUAGUUACGCUGAAUCUUCCACCUGAAUGUAUCAGAUGAUUUGUGGGAUUCGAGCUGCAAUUUAAUAUUUUCUGACACGUAAAGUGUCUUUGGACUUCGUCAAAUUCCAUUUAGGAGUAUCAGGAUAUUGUUCUGUAAUCGAAAUUUUAGAACAUCGUCCUGAUAUAUGAAGUUUCCAAUGUGAUGUAUGUAUACGUGGUGUGAAAUCCAAACCAUAUUCUCAAUGAUACAAACUAAAAGUUGCAUUUUGUUUUGCACGCAAAACUAACACGUCCCGCAAAAUAUUACAAAAAAAUUGAAUCCAUCACGAAUUUUCCAGUCGAAUAAUUUAUACUCACAUAAUGUAAGUGAACUCCUAUUUCACCUAAUACAUGCCUAGCAUUUUAGACAUACAAAAUAUGUAUUCUAUGAUACUAUUUACUAUUUAUAAAAAGUCAUUUAAUUGCGAUGUAUAUAUAUCAACAUAUACGUAAAGUAAUAAUUCUGAGAAAUUUUUGGUUAUGCUUUGUACAGAGUUAUACUAUUUAUCUUCUUAAA